AUGAACCGCCAUCAUUCAAAUUUUCCCCAGAAACUUUGCCAGAAAUGCAGACCUGAGAAACAGUUGACUAAUUAUUCAUGGAAAGGUUUAUGUGCUAUUAAUGGAAGCGACUUGAUUUACAUUAAAUGUCAAACUUUUAUUCUAAUUCAAAGAAAGGCGCUUGCAACAUUCAUUUACCCAUUGAGCCAUAACGCCUAUAUUCCGCAAUCCAAUGCAGGCACAGGUCCCACUCAAGGUUUUAGUUUCCUACUUGAAAAGUGCGAUGAGGAGUUAAUAAUAAACCAUCCAUGUGCUUUCAACAUAGGUCCUCUAUGGAGCGACAAUGCUGGAUUCCUAUCCGAAAGUGUCAUGAGGCUUCAUAAUGGGAAGUUUGUGACGAAAAGUGUCAUUCUGCCACCAACAUUCUUAUCACAUUUCAUCACCUCAUUUCAAUUACUCUUUAGUCAUUUCACUACAAGUUUCUCCAACCAUUUGGCCAAUUUUAAUGCCCUGGUCUCGCAUAAGUAUUUCAUUCAAAUCGUGUAUAAAAUGUAA